UUUCCCUAACUACGUUCUCUCUCUGUUUUCUUCUCUCUUUUUUUGUUUCAGUUUUCAUCUCUCUCUGUGUCGAAGGAAGUUAGGGUUUUCCGAUCUCCUUCUCCGAUUAUUCUAUUUUCCGUCGACGGUCACCGGAUCAAUAUUCGUCUCUUUGUUGUAGGCGUGGAUUACUUACCCAAUUGGUAGAGUUGUCUGUGGACCAUUCUUUUGUUGCAUCUUCUGUGGCUUUGCCAUCAAAACUGGCUCAGAGGGGAAGGUGUGAGUUUAGUCGAGCCUGGACAAAGCUAAAUUUCAGUAUUAUUUUGGAAAUUGUUGCUACUCAAAAUUAAUACUGGGAAGGAAGCGUACACACUAGAGGAGGAUUCCCUGCAUCCAUGCUGGCAGAGAGCAUGCGUGGAUUUUGUGCUUCGGGUAAUGCCCCUGACGAGUACAGUUGCCGAUGCAUUCGGUGUGGUGACAAUUUGCCUAGUCGCUCUUCUAAUUCUUCUAGGUCUGCUUUGCAUUGCUUACUCACUGUACUUCCGCUCUCGCGUUCGUAAUCAAGGCUUUGUUCAGCUUACUUACUUCAGCGGCCCUUGGAUUAUCCGGAUCACAUUCAUUUUGUUUGUAAUCUGGUGGGGCUUUGGUGAGAUCAUACGCCUAAGUCUUCUAAGGCGAAAGGGAAAAGUGUUGAAUGCACUAGACUUGUCAUGGCAGGAAACUGUCUGCAAAGGUUACCUUGUCUCAAAUCUGGGUUUUGCAGAACCGUGUUUAUUCCUCACCCUUGUUUUUCUUCUGCGAGCACCCUUACAGAGAAUGGAAUCCGGAAUUCUAAGUCGGAAAUGGAAUGCGAAAACUACGGCAUAUGUUCUUCUGUACUGUCUUCCGGUGUUUGUUCUUCAGCUCUUAAUUAUUCUAAUUGGUCCUCAGUUGCGCAAGAAUAAAGGUUCCUUGCAUAAAUUGCCCCAUUAUUUUACAAGCACGGCUACUACUCCUACAACGAUAGAAGAUGCUGUUGAUGUUAUUGCUCUCUGCACUUACCCUUUACUAAAUACCAUCCUCCUAGGGCUUUUUGCCACCGUACUAACUCUCUAUCUGUUUUGGCUCGGAAGGCGGAUUUUGAAAUUGGUCAUCAAUAAGGGUUUGCAGAAGAGAGUCUACACAUUAAUAGUCUCAGUUUCGAGUUUUCUACCGUUACGGGUUCUUUUACUUGGACUUUCUGUUUUAUCUAAACCAGAAGAUUUGCUGUUUGAAGCGCUUGCUUUCUCAGCUUUUCUUGCUCUUCUAUGCUGUGCUGGUGUGUGUAUUUGUAUGCUUGUGUACUGUCCGAUUGCGGAUUCUUUAGCCUUGGGGAAUCUUCAGGACAUUGAGGCUCGGAGAAGAAUCACAGAUGACCACAACGACACUGUCUCUCUCAUAGCUAAUCAAAGCCAUCUUGAAGAAAGCAGUCGUCGAAUAAGCCCCGCGAGAAAUUCCGAUGCCUCAACCAAGCGUGGAUCAAUAUCGUUUCGAACUUACGAGAGGGAUGGGACAUCGACCGGGCCGUUUGUGGAGCUGAGCCUAUUUUCUCCGAGUAGAGAUGUAUCUGUACCGGGGUCACCUCCGCUUAUGGGUUGGUUAAUGCAUCCUCCCAGGCAAGCACAGGGGUACUAGAAGAGGGCAAGGAUCUUGGUGAAUAUCAAUUUUGUGGUAAAGGAAAACUGAUUGUAAAGGGUUAGUUUGAAUAAGAAUUUUUAUUCUUGGUUUGUUUUCUAAUUUUAGAUAUGGUGUUAUGGUGGUCUUGAUUAAUGAUAAAUUUUAUUCCGUUGAUCUUUUCCUAA